UCCAAUAAAUUAACAAUGUAUGUUUAGGUUAUGGGUAAAGCAAGACUAUGGUUAAAAUAUUUUUAUCUGCCUAUUAGCAAAAGUUGGUACUGCCUGACAGUUCAUACUCGGGGGAAAGAAAUACGAACUCAUUGGGCUUCUCGUUGUCAUGGUGACGAGCAAUGUUUGAAGAAAAUGUUUUAUUUACGAUGACUAACUAGCUAACUGGUGUGGUUUAUCUAUGGUUGAAGUCUUCAUUAUAAUAUCAUUUAACACAUCAUAUUAUUAAAAUCCAUAUUCAAAGAAAUGUGUGACGCACUUAAAACCGAAGAUAAGUUGGGAGCAGUUUUAGUCCAGGUUCAAGACGAUUUGAGACAACUCAAAUGUAGUCUUGAGAAAAUCUCUGUCAGUGAGAAGGGGAGAACUCUGGACAUCCAAGCCUUGGACAGUGCCAUUCACAGGACAGAGAGUGGCAUCAGGAGACAUGCAGAGGAUUAUCUAAAAACAGUCAACAAACAGCUUCUGGUUCUUCCAAGCAUUGGAGAAUUACAAAAGGAGACAGAGGAGAUUCCCAAAUGGAAACCUGAUCUGGAGAGUAUCCCAGAUGUGCAUCCACAGAAGGAGGACCUCACAUGGGAUUCACCUGGGGAAAAGCACAAGACAGCGUUAACCAUGCGUUUGCUGUAUAAUCCCACUCACCCAAACAACAGAGCUGUUAUGCACCAGAAAUUUGGGGUUCCACUCCCUGAUGUGCACAAGAGGAGUGCAAAAGCAGUAAAACAUCAACGAAUAAUCACUGGUCCCACAGUGACCUUUCACCCCAUUGAACCAAAGGGCCGUCACAGCCUGGCAAUACCUGAGGACGACAUGGGGACAGUUCAAAACACAGGUUUGCUUCAUACACUGAUCCAGCACAAGGCUGCUUCACUUCACCCCAGAGAGGAUUCAUAUUCUUCUAAGAUGGGCGUGGUAGGCUCCAAGUCCAGGUGUCAUAAGCAGCUAAAAUGGGAAACAGACCCUGGACCCACCCACGAAAAAACAGGCAGAGAAAGCACACCCCCCGGGACCACCAAGACACCGCCUCCCUCUGCAGCCUCCAAGAGCAUGGACUACACAGGAAUGAUGCAAGGCAGCAACAGUCUUAUCUCUCAAAGCCCUCUGAAUCUACCUGUGCAAGUUGCAGUAAACACCAGCAAAUUCCCCUUUACCAUCAUAAAGGGACAGAUCGACCCAAUGGCAACAGACUUCUGUCACUUCAAGCAAAGCUUUAGUUUGUGCUGGAGCAGUGUGGUAGAUGCUCUUGAGGCCCUGGAAAAGCUUCUCAGGGACUUUGCAGUGCCUCAAGCCAAGGUGAGUGGAGAACUGCUAGUAGAGUUUGGCCAUGGUUGGGAUAAUGGUCGGAGGAUGGCUCCUCCGGUGAUCGGCCUCCUCUCAGUGCUUGAAAACUGGGAGGAGGUGAUGGAUCUGGUCUUACGCCCAGGUCAGCGCUACAAGGGAGAAGGAGGCGUUGAGGCGGCUGCCAUCCACAUCCAGUCCUGCUGGAGGCGCUACCUAGCCCGGACAGCCUACCUGAGACAUUACCGCCGCAAGUGGGCGGCAGGGACCAUCGCCAUCUCAUGGUUGAUGCACACUCAGAUGCGUCGUGUCAGGAAGGCCCUGCAGGCCAGGCGUUUCAGACAGCUGGAGAAUCACCGCAGCAGAGCCCAGCAUCUGGCAGCCAACUGGAAACACAUCCAGUCCUCCAAGAGGACCAUUAUCCACAUCCCUUCAUUAGGAUACUCUCAGAGCCAGCGACUGAGCAUGAAGGGAUUGGACGUCCUACAGAACAUCCAAAUAGGCCGACUCUGUGAUAUAAGAGAUCAAAAUGUGGACGUGAUCUACGUAUGUCCACAGCAUCUGGGGGAGGAUGUCUUACACUAUUACACCAGUCUCCUGAAGUGUGAUGGAGCCACAGAAGGGGCUGAAACCAGGGCCAUUCAGGCCUUCAUGAGACGCUUUAUCAUCCUCACACCUGAGGCUGUAGAUUAUUUCCCGACUCAUAACAUGUGCCUGUCCACACUGCUAAAGUACAGUCCACGCACCCUGAAGCGCAUCAAAUACCUGAUCCAGGGGAAGCAGGCCUAUAUUGUAGGCGGAGCGGCCCAUGUGGAUGACUUGGCAGUGGCUGAUGAGCUGGGGGUGCCAAUCCUGGGCCCGGAGCCGGCUAUUGCACAGCUUUACAGCACCAAAUCUGGAGGAAGGAGGAUCUUCACUGAGGCAGAGGUUGAUGUACCCCCUGGUCAAGGAGAUAUCUACUCGCUAAACCAGCUUCAUGAAACACUGGCUGAGCUUAUGACUCAAAACAUUGAUGUGCAGCGCUGGCUCUUCAAGAUGGAUUCUGAGCACGGUGGCCGUGGCACAGCUUACUGUGAUAUAUGCCAUCUUAGCUGCUAUAACUGGGCCCUGCAGGAAUACCAUCGUUAUGGCCCUAAGCUAUGGAACACAAAAUGGAUUCAGGAGACUGUACUGCUCAGAUAUUUACAUGAGAUCCCAGAGUGGCUGGCGAGUUAUGCCCGGCCUGCUAAAACCUCUUGCUAUCCCAACUGGGCCUGCUUCCUGAAGACCUUCCUCAGGCAAGGCGGUGUGGUGGAGGCCUUCCCCCCCUCAGACAGUGUCACCUGUCUGACAGUAGAUCUGCUGCUGGAGCCUGGGGGUGAGGUGACCAUGCUGUCCUGUGGCGACCAGCUCCACGGCUCCUGUCAAAUGGAAGCUAUAGGCUCCACUGUCCCUCAGACCUCUGUAUGCCCUGAGACCUUGCGCCCCAUCUGUAUGCGUGUGGGCCAGGCCUGUCUGCAGCGCCUUAUCGUAGGCUAUGUCUCCGUGGACCUGGCUACCUUUCUGAACCGCAGCACCAUGGAGCAGAAGGUGUGGGCUAUUGAUCUGGACCUCACAUACAGUAACCAGCUGGCCAUGACCCAGAUGCUUCUGAUGAUGACUGGAGGAACGCUGAAUUGCCGCACAGGCUGUUUGGAAGUGCCAGUGCCAGUCAGAGAAAAAUCCUGUGAACACCAGACUGCAGCCAAACCUCCUGUGGUUAAUCAUUAUGCAGUUAUUGGGAACCACUUGUUUCACUCCAACCUUUCCAUGUUGUAUCAUAAUGUGUUCUUCAAGAUGUGCAAGGCUCAUGGCAUAGGAUUUAAUAAGAAGAGGAAGCAAGGAACAGUCUUUGCUCUUUAUGACAGCAGCGAGCGAUGCAGUAUUGGAAUGAUAACAGUCUCAGAAGAUCUCAGGGGAGCCCUUGUGACCUUUGCUCAGAAUCUGUCAGUCAUUCAUCAGGAAAUAUCAUCCUCUAAAAUGCAAGGAGAAACCAAUUUCAAGGAGCUGAUCAAGGACAUUGAAGAUGUACUGCAGAUGACUGUUCAGAACAAGCUGCGAGCAGUGAAGGAUAAAGCUGCUGCUUAGACAGCUGAUUCACUGAUACACUUACCUUACUCUUGCCAAGUUCAGUCAUUAUGUCUUUGCCAGCUUUCAUUUCAAAUUACACAGUGAGUCUUGAACCCUGGAGAUGGAUCAAAGUUGAUUAAACAUAACUGGCUAAAUAAAGUCCUCAAAAACA